AUGGCAAGUUUGGAAGUCUCUUUGGAAUUUGCAAGUCUUCGCCUUCCUGGACAUUGUCCACUCGGGGUCUGGGUCAUACCAUCACCAACCAAUAUUUAUCAAUGGCAAGGCGUACUAUUCAUACACCGUGGUUAUUAUGCUGGAGCGAUUUAUCGAUUCGUUCUAGAAAUUCCUACAUCUUAUCCUUCAAGUCCACCUGUAGUCCGUUUCACAACUGAAUGUUUCCAUCCAUUGGUCGACCCACAAACCGGUCGAUUCGAUAUUCGAUCCAAAUUUCCUGCAUGGCGCGCUAGAACCGAUUUUUUAUGUCACGUUCUACAUUUUAUUAAAUCCACAUUUAAGCGAGCAGGACUUGAGCGUAUUAAAGACGAAGAUAGUGUUCAAAACAAAGAAGCCUUUCGUUUGUACCGUGAUCAAACCCAUAUCUUUGCAACACUCGCGGCUCAAUCAGCUAUACUUUCCGCAUCACCUUCGACAUUACAAGCAGAGUCAAAUUCCAAUGAAGUGAUUCAAUUCAAAGAGCUGGACGAUCAACAAUGGCAAUCGAUCAGAUCAAGAAUGCUAGGUACUGCAGCCGAAGCUGGUACUUCUUCGACCACAGCUGAUGCAACAAACAAGAAAUCACAAUAG